GUGGACGAUACCCUAGGAGCGUUGCCAUGAGAUGGAGACAGUCACGGUUGCCUGCUCCGUCUGCGCCAAAGAAAUUCCAGAGGAUCAGGCUUUAUACUGGUAUAGUUGCCGAAAGUUCCAUCUACUUCAAUUAGCUCUCAAUGUAAAGCACUAUUUUACUGCAGUGACAAGUGCAGGACUACGGAUUGGAUAUCUCCGGACAAUCCAGAUCACAGUCAUCAGCAAUGGUGUAGCAAAAUGAAAGAUUUUAUGGACUUUGAACCCAUUCUUCAGAAACUGCCUUUUACUUUUGCUCCUAUAACUACUGCUGCAGAUUUUACGCAGUUUAAAUUAGACGAGAUUCUCUCGCAUUUCGGAGUAAAUCGCCAAGGCCUCUGGAAAUAUGAGUUUUGUUCUAAUUCACAUCAUUUCCAGAUUUCUCCAGGUGGUGAUCUCCCUCUUUUCUCAGAUUUGUGGACUACCACCACCAUGGAUUCUGAAAAACUCUCACCGGUCACUCUGUCCUCGUCUUCAUCUUAUGAGGAUGCUCUAUUCCGGGCAUUCGUGUCCCCGUCACUCGCUGUAAUUAUGAGUUUGUCUCCAUUAUAUGACUCUCCUGCUCCAGAUCUUCAAGAUCCAAGCUUGGUGAAUAUAAAUUUGCGUAAUUGGCUUGACUACUACAAGUGGCGAGGCCUUUGCUCUCCGGAUGAAGAAAGUAUUUCUAAUCCACUGGCCUUGCUACUUCACUGGCCUCUUACUCUUUAUCAUAUUGUUGCUCACAAGCUUCCACAAAUAAACCCCUUCUGUAUCCCAAAAAUUUUGAUAAAUCGGAAACUUAUCAUACAUGUGAUUGGAGUUGAAAAAGAACUCUCUCUUUUGCCAGUAUUCAAAGAACUGGAUCAUUUGUUCAAACCACAACUCAGAAUCUAUAUCUAUUUCAUUGGUAGACAUUUUGAUGUUGCAGCAGAUAGAGUUGUUUAUCAUCUUUCGUCACGAUUGUCCGUAAGUGUUUGGGGUGGAUUAUAUCAUGAAUUUUUGCAUACUCAAAAACCAACAAGUGAACUGCCUGAUUUAAUUAUUGGUUUCAAUGCUGGUCUCGCUGCCUAUCCAACUUGGCCACUCACACUGUCUUCCAUCGCUGAAACUGGUGUGCCGGUGUUUUUUACAGAUUCUUGCUUAUACAGUUCAUUAUGGGGUUUCCAGGUAUCAAGUUCUUUGGGUUUAGGCCCAAGUAAACCUGAUGCCAUUUUGGACGAUGGUUAUGACCAAACCAAUGAUUCCAAUCAAACAUGUCUGUUUCUAAAUCCGUUUCGAAGCCCUAUCCGUAUUGAGGCGCCUGGUGUGCGAUGGAGCUGGUUCUCAAAUGCCUUCAUAUUCUCCCCUUUUUAUCCUGCAGAUUAUUUACAGCAACGGUCAGACCUACCUCAGCGAAUGGCUUCAAUGAAUGUAUGACUAAUUAACAUAGUUUCCGUUUCGUUUUGCAGUGGAUAUACCCAUGUCUCUUAUCUCUGUAAAUAUUCCAUCUUCAGUCUCUCCUAACGUUUUUUCCAUGUACUAUUAAGUGGCAACUCCUUAAAGCUGUUGUGUGCUUCAGUUCACACUCUUUCAUUUGUUAUCUAUGUGAAACAUAUGACCUUGUUUGUUGUGAAAGCAUUACCUGUUUUUCAAGUCA